ACAACACGUCUUGUUUUAGUUGCUUUUUGAUAUUGCUCCGAAUCGCACAAGAUUCAGGAAUCGUUCCUGUUCGUCGUUUUUCAACAGUUAGUGGAGUGGUAGAAUUUAUUAUUCUAAUCAGCCCAAAACAUCAUACAAAACAAAACGCACAAAAAAUGAGCCAGAACCUGUUUCGCGCUGUGCUAAUGGGUGCGCCUGGCUCCGGCAAAGGCACAGUGUCUGCACGUAUAGUGAAGACGUUUAAUAUGAAAUACAUAUCAAGCGGAGAUAUGCUACGAAGUAACAUAGAGCAGAAAACAGAUUUAGGCAACAUUGCGGAUCAAUACAUCAGAGAUGGAAAGCUUGUACCAGACAUUUAUGUAACCAAGUGUAUUCUGAGCGAACUCGAAAAACUUAAAUCAAAGUCUUGGUUGCUGGACGGCUUCCCUCGAACACUCGAUCAAGCAGACGAAUUGUUGCACACAGAACCAAUUGACACUGUUAUCAAUCUAGACGUUCCUUUUGAUGUGAUUAUAGAUCGACUGCGAAGUCGGUGGGUUCAUUUACCCAGUGGGAGGGUAUACAACAUUGGUUUCAACGAUCCGAAAGUGCCUGGGAAAGAUGAUGUCACAGGUGAACCGCUUAUCCAACGACCAGACGACAAUCCGGUAGCAGUUCAAAAGCGAUUGGAAAUCUACGAAGCCUGUACUAAACCACUCAACACCUACUUUAAACAAAGAGGAAUCUUGGUUACAUUUAGUGGGAAGACGACUGAUGAAAUAUGGCCUAACGUGAAGAAAUUUUUAGAGGAAAAAAUCAAGAAAUAAUUGAGCUUGAGGUGCAAAAUAAAUGACAAUACCUGAAGCUUCAAGGCGGGGGUAGCCAUUUCCAGAAAAUACCGGUCCUGUUGAGAAGUACAAUUAGACCGAUAAGGAAUUUCAUGAACAUUCAAUAUGUUAAUGAUAAGAACCAAAUAGAGGUGCUGGGCAAAAUGUGCCAAAAUAAAAAGUGCAAUCUAAUCAUUUUUAUUA